ACUGCUAUUGUUUCUUCUGUUACCUAUUCUAACAUCGGACUCGGACUUCUUUUCAACCGAGUUUUACUGUGCGUUUUUCUGUGUGUUUGUUUAUUUCAUAUUGGCUAGAGGUAUAGGUGGAGGGUUGAUAUCUCAUAAAACACCAUAACCCCGCCGCAUUAAUGCCCCUGUUCUAAAUCAGGAACCUCUAGCCUUUGAUAGUCUUGUCUGUUUUUUAAAUUUUGGGUCAUUUGUUUCUUUCGGAAUUUAGUGUGACGUCAAUUUCUAUGAACUAGUAUUCAUUAUUGUUUAGGGGCCAGCUGAAGGCCGACUCCGGGUGCGGGAUUUACUCGCUGCGUUGACGACCCAUUGGUCAUGUUGGUGGCCUUUUUUGCUCUAGAGUUGGAUUGUUUUCUCUUUGAUACAUUCCCCGUUUCCAUUCUCUAUUCUUUAUGCAUAAUACAACACUGAAACAAAAUGACACGUGUAGUUUACCUUGCUUCCACAUUUCAAAAUAUGGAACCAAUUAGGUUCAGAAUAAAGGGUUGUUUUCUGUUGAAAUUCACUCAUUUCCUUUAAAUGCCCUUUUGCUGUUUGAAUAGUGCUUUAAUUAUGACGAAAUACCUAAUAAAUGUAAUUGGCAUACCCAUUUCGGGAAGGAGGCAAAAAAGCUAAGGUAUUGGACAGACAAGGUUAUGAAAAAUUAAUCCUUGUUCAAGCACCUAAAGUAUUUAAAAUUACCCAAUUAACAAAUUCCUGCUCCUUCCUUACACAGUUCUAAUGUUAUAAGAUUUGCCUCCGUUUGUCUAAUUCGAAUUUAUACUAGUGAGAAAAUUGAAACGUGCGAGAUACCAAUCGAUUUGUAUGUUAUUCUUCCUCUUAAAUGUCACUUCAUUUAUUUUUGGAUGACUUCUUAUGAAGUAUGUAAUAUAGGGUAUUUGAAGUAUUUAUCUUCCAUCGUAUAUUCACAUUGUCGUUCUCGUCUUUGAAACCAUAUUCACACAAAUCUAACAAAUACUGUCCUAAAAUGACCGACAAUGUCACUGCAAAAAACAUACCAACAUACAAGCUUUUACACAACGACUAGGACACAUCGAGAUAUAUGUUAAAUUACAGGCACAUAAUAUUCAAGUGACCUGCAUAACAACUUCGAUAAAGAAAAUGACUUAAAGAGUUAAUUGAUGAAUUUUUAAGUAAUUAACAGCACAUAUUUGAAAUCUCCAAUCAAAGAAUAAGUUCUAAUUUCUAUAAUUUUUUUUAUUUCAAUGUAAUAAUAAAAGUCGUGACUGUUGAUGUCCUUAUGAAUCUGUUUUCAUGAAUUGACCGUCAAAUUCGUGAGCUGGGCACAGUUAAUAUACAUGUACAACUCAUGCAUAAGGAUACAUAUUUAAAUUAUAUUGUCGGUUUAAAAACAGAUGUUAAAGUCAAUGACUUGGGCGUAAACAAAUCUACUAUUUCUCUUAUAUACUAGUACUUCUUUCCAUGUAGUCUAGAUGGUAUACCUUUGUUGUUUAACCAUUGGAAAAAAGUAAGAAGCAAUCUUAGCGGCAACCGGCAAAAUUCAAAAUGGAAGGAAUGAAAAAAGAAAAAGGACAGAAAAAACAAUGACCAAGGAAAAAACCAAAAAGGACAGUUCGCCUGUCGUUAAGAAAAUAGUUGCUUCUGUUACCGUUUUGGGAGAAGAACCUGGAAUUUUUGUUGUUUUUAAAUGAGAGAAAGCUAGUGUUAUUGAAAUUAUGGUUAUGAAUGCGGUGAUUAUUACAUUUUUCUUCUCUUACUAAUUUUUUUAACUAAUUAAUCUGCUUUUCUGUGCAUCUUUCUAUUCGUCUUAGUAUGAGAUCGCAAAAAGGUCACUAUGGUUCAAUGACUUUCCGACUUGAGCAACAGAUAAAAAAAUGCAACUUGCAGCUACACGAAUCGAAUCGGUAGCAGUAUGCAGCAACUUGAAAAUGGUUGGUCACAAGAUAGUUCUGUCUGAUAUGUACCUACUCCUCUGACUAAAUUUUUACAUGGUUUAGCAGAUCGUAAAUAGAAUUGUUCCAUUUUUUCUUGGAAAAAAACACACAGAGAUGGCGACUGAAACAAACUGCGUCUGUGACGUAUGUCACGUCCGUCAUAUUAGAUCUACUGUAAGAGAAUAUUGUCCACAGUGUGACCAAAACCUCUGUGAAAAUUGCUCAGAACAUCAUCGAAUAGCCGAAGCCUCUAAAACUCACCAGACCAUAACUUUUGAACAGUACAAGGAAUUACCUCCCUUCAUUCAAAACAUAAAACAUCGUUGUGACCAACAUGGGUAUCCUUUCGAAUUUCAUUGCCAAUUGCAUACCAGUCUUGCUUGUAAGAGAUGCAUUGUUAUGGAACACAGAACAUGUGAUGAUCUUGUUUUAUUGGAAGAUGUUGUAAGCGAUUCUAAUUCGUCAGCUGCUUUAGAGAGGUUGGAAAACUCUCUGCAGGGUGUAAAAUCAAUCAUCACAACAGCUAUAUCAAAAAGUAAAGAUAAUCUGAAAAUAUUACCCAUUAAUGAAGACAACGUCGUUGAGAGGAUCAAGGAUAUGAGAAAGAACAUAAAUUUUGAUAAGUUGGAACAAGAUCUCAUACUUAAAGUAACACAGUCGAAAGUCAAGGGAAAAAGGUAUAUAUCACGAGUCUUACAAGAUUUGGAGACUGAAAAUAAACAAGUAAAUGAGAUAUCCAAAAAUAUCGAAGUUUUAAAAGAAUGUGCCUCAGGCAGGCAGUCGUUCAUAGGAACAAGAAAUCUACAACAAUCUUUACAACAACUAACUAUGCAGUUACAGAGUAUGUACGAGAAAGGCGAUUUUCAUGAUGUCAAAAUUUGUUGCGAGUUUGAUGAUUCAUUUGUUAACAAAGAAGAAGCAGUUGGAUCGAUAGGUUGUGUAUUACCAAGGAAAGUAAACGUUGGUUUCACCUUGAAGAAGAUAGCUGAUGGAGCAGGACAAACAAAGGACUACUUUAAGAUUGAUGGCGUAACUGUUAAACAACUUGAGAGGUUAAGAGUUUAUGGAAAUGAAAUUACAGCAUGUAUGAUGUUGAAAGAAAAUAUAACUUUAUUUUUGAAUAGAGAUAUGGAUCGACAUUCAAAAAUUUUAAAGUUCAUAUCAGGAGACUUCGAGGGAGAUAUAAACCUACUCCCUGCGUCUGUUUUUGAUAUUGCUUAUCUGGACGAAAAACGAGUAUUGGUUACAACAAGAGACAGCAGUAAGUCAAUGAAGGUAUUUGACAUGGAUCAACCCAGAGCUAGACGACAUCUAAAGAUGAACGAUUCGUGUUAUGGAAUUACCUCCAACAAACAGGUAUUUAUUUUCUGUACUAACAAUUGUAUCAAAGUGUUGGAUUACGAUGCUCUCUCCGUCUCCAAUUUCCCUGCUGAUUUUGAAAAUGUAGAUUUACAGGAAACAUAUUUAACCGCAAACGAGAAUAACCUGUUCCUCUCCGACUACCAUCGAGAUACUGUAACCUGUUACGAUUUUAGUGGUAAAGUUGUAUGGACUUUCAGUGACAAAGCAAUAUUGGAGAACCCGCGAGGAAUAGCAUUGGAUGAUCGAUCUAAUGUUUACAUUGCUGGAUCCAUGUCUAACAAUGUCGUCAUCAUGACUUCAAUCGGAAAGCGCGCCAGGGAGCUACUUGGAUUAGCGGAUGGUCUCGUUCAUCCACAUGCUAUCUAUUUCGAUAAAGACGAUGAUAUACUUCUGGUGUCUAAUCUGACAGGACCAGCGUUUAAAUAUUCAAUAACUGUUAAGCAUGUUAAAGAGUAAAGCAUUGAAGAAUACAAAUCAGUUCGUGGUCAUGUUUUUUACCAGUUUAAAGCUAUAUCAAAACACAGAUUUAUUAGUGAUGCCUUUCAGGACGUUGUUUUUUUACUUACUUAUAGCAUAUAGAUGACAAAACACAGAUUUAUUAGUGAUGCCUUUCAAGACGUUGUUUUGUAUUUAUAUAGAUGACAAAAUGAAGAAUUAUCACUGUGAUGCCUCUCAAUGUGUUUUGUAUAAGUUUAUAGUUACGACGAAAUACAGAAUUAUAUGUGACACCUUUUUAUGUGUUGCUUUGUACGCAUAUAGAUGGCAAAAUGCAGAAUUAUUAGUGAUGGUUUUUUAUCAUAUAGGGAAAAUUAUUGCACAUUCCUGUAUUUUGAGAGUAAAAUAUUCUAAGAAAUGUUGACAAAAAGUGUUGGAAUGUUUUUUCGGGUACAUAAUCAGACAUGGUUAAAUGUUAUUACAGUUCAACAGUUGCAUAUAUUGUAUAUUUUCACAAAACCCUCUGAUAGCUACACUGGAUACAAUGUUUCCUCAUUUUGAGAAUAAAUCUUUUAUUGAUGA